AACGACAAAGAUGCCCUAGGCUUAUUAAUCAAAUACAUGGAUGCAAUAAAAUCGGCCCAACAUAUACGAUUCUGGUUGGAUUCCAGGCAUCAACAUGGAGUAGGCUACGGACUCAUUCGUUAAAUUCUGCAAAGAAGAGUUUGUCCGCAGGCAAAUCUGUGGACGAGAUUAAGGUAGUGUCACCAACUGUAGCAGGGGAGAUAACUUCUGAUGAACAGGUCUGUAGUGAUAUUUGUACAACUAGUGAAAACAUUAAUUUCCACCAAGAUAAUGUGUCACAACUCUCUAGUAGAUGUUCUAGUCAAAUAGGGGUGAACGAUGAAUGCAGAAAUCGUCGUUUAUCAUCAGGCUUGGAGUCUGUAAAUACAGAGUCUAGUCACAAAAGACAUGGGUCAGACAGUGAGUUGUCUUGUCCCCAACAAAUAGAAACAGAAGGACAGGUGUCUAGUCCCCAUUUAACGCAAAAAGAUGGACAAGUGCCUCAAUCCGAACUGUCAACUGGACACGACAAUUUACCCAGGCUUGGUGCUGUGAUAGGUGAUAGCGAGGGGGCGGAAAGGGGGGAAACAUAUUCCCUGGGGAAGGGGCAGACAGAACCCCCGUGUGAGGAUAGCUCUACUGUGAUAUCUAGGUCAAGUUCACAAGAAGAUGGUGAAAGAAAGAUGAAACGAGGCGUAUCUGUAGAAGAUAUUGCAGAAAAAUUAAAAAGGAGUAUUGAGAGAGAUGCAGUUAAGAUUUUUCAAAAAUAUUUGUCCCAUGAUGCCACAGAUCCUAUUGGUGCUCCAGACGGGCUACGCAAUGAAACCAUACACAAGAUUUGCAGGGAAGACGGCCAAGUUGAUCCACAGUGUUUUUCAUCCUGUCAGGAUUUUGUUUUCAAGAAAAUGGAGAAAGAGUUUUACCAGGACUUCGUAGUGAGCGAAUACUACUACAUGCAUCAGAUCAACCUUCUGACCAGUACACAAGUCCACCUAGCUGACGUGUUGUACAAUGAAGGGGCACUCUUCUACUUUAUGGAGUACCUUGAACAGGAAGGGGGCAGCCAUUUUCUCCAAUUUCUUUUAGCCACAGACAACUUUCAGCAGCAUCUCAUGUCUUGUGGUGGUCAGUAUGAUGGGAUGGAGGCUCAACGGGAUGCAAUGGUGCUAUACGACAAAUAUUUUUCUUUGCAAGCUACAGAUCCACUUGGUUUUGAUGAUAAAAAAAGGUUUGAGAUAGAAGAAAAUAUAUGUCGGGAAGAAGGUCCACUUCCAGAUUGUUUUGCCAAACCACGAGAUAUCGUCCUUAAGACUAUAGAGAAGGCAUACUUUAAGGCCUACCUACAGAGUGAUGUAUAUUACAAGUAUCUAUCUGAGCUGGUUAGCACAGUGGAAACGGCCAACUACCCACCUCGACAACGUAAACGCACCGCCAGUGAUGCCUCCUCAGAACACAGCAGUCACAGUGCUGGAAGUGAAAGUCGAUCGUCCAAAAACACCUACCUGGCCACAGACACGAGUCAUCUACGUCACAGCAUGAACAAGCUCGACACUGCCAUGAACCUUGAUCCUGGGCUCCUGAACCCUGACCUUUUAUGGAAAAGACACAGUCCAAAAAUGAGCUUGGGAAAGGUGGACACCCUUGGGGAGUUCGUGUCAGAGUUUGACCCCAACCCAGACCAAGAGAAAGUCAAAGCAUCUGGACUCUUUAAGAGAAAGAAAGCAAAAGAAAAGGAACAAGAAGAUAUGGCAUUAAAGAUAGCCCAGAUGAUUAUAAAUGAUGUGACCUCAGUCACACAGACAAUUGGUGCGCUAAAAAACCCACAGCAAGAUCGGGAUGACGGAAGCUAGCGAUGUGUCGUGACUGCACGCCAAUGUAUGCGGGAGACCUAUUCUGUGUUUUAAAAAGCUUGUAAUCUGUGGUUAAUUGAUCUUCAAUCAUACAACAGUGGCAGAAACUGGUGUAGACUUUAAACAAAAAUUUGAAUUGGUCAAUCUUUAAAGUUUAAAAUAUGUAAAUGUAUUUCAUACCUGUGUGAUGUUUUCUGGCCCGGUUUUCUGGAACUCCGCAUUGCUCGAACAUGUUUGAUUACUUGGUAACACACAUACAGUAUGUAUCACAACAUAUCAUAAUACAUGGAUGGGACUCAUUGGUUUUAUUAACUAAUCAAAUGACUAGGUUAAAACUUCAUUAAGUUCAAAGUUAUUUGUUAGUCUCUGAUGCUAUGAUCAUGUGAUGAAGGUUUUUUGUUAACAGCAUUGUCGUGUUGGCCAUUACAAUUUGACUCGGGUUUUGAGAAAUCUGUGAUGGUAAAUUAGAUUUUUUUAUUUUUUUUUAACAGAAAUUUGUUGAAGUUCAGGAAAUGAAGCUUAACCCUUUCACCCCUAUGUAGCUUUCGUAGACUCUACCAUGCAUUGAUAUGGAUGAGUCCAUUGAAGUCUACAGUGGUGAAAGGGUUAAGCAAAACUCCACACCUUCAUUUAUAAUGUGGAUAGUUCUCUUUAUGAGCAGAUGUAUGUGUACACUUGUCUACGAAGCACACUCGUAGCGUAUCCAUUUGCACCACAUACUUGCAUUACUUGCAUUAUUGGAUACAAAGUUAUGUUCCAGUAUUUAGAUCUUAAACCUUUCACCCUUAGGUAACUAUAUAUAGUAGACUCUACCAUGCAUUUAUGGGGAUGAGUCCAUUACGGUCUACAGUGGUGAAAGGGUUAACAAUCACAUUCAUGUUAUGCAGUACCAAUAUAUAAAGGAUCUCAAAGAUGUUCAAAAUUCAGCAAACACGAGUCAAAGUCUUGAUGUUUCAAAGUUUUCCUGAUUGUCCCACAAUUAGUUCAAAAUAUUUUAAGUUUGACUGUUUCGCCGACACUGUAAGAGAUAUAACAACAACCUAACCCUCGAUGAAAGUCAAUAUUUAUACAAAGUGGGUGAUUUACAGCAUAUAUGUGGUAUAUGUAGGUUCUAACUUGUGACAGAUAUUUCAUGUCGUAUGUUGUAGGACAGGGCACGCCUCAUCAAAUUGUCUUCCUCCAUCGAUUGUUUUGUAAUUUAUUCCAUUAACAAACACAAUAUAUCUCAUACACUAGUGCAUCUUGAUUUCAAGGUUUAGAAUAUGAACUUCCUGUCAAAUUUGUAUUGUGUCUAGUAUAUAUAUAAAUGGCAUACAAUGAUGAUGUCACAAAGACAGUCUUUCAUAUUCACCUGAAAAGCUUAAUGAAGCAGGCUGAUCAUACCAGGUAGUAUGCCCACCUGUAUUACCGUAAACACUCGUGUAAUUUGCGCAGUUUUAGUUUGUUUUGAAAAUAAGUUUGAAGUUGGUGAUGCACGAAUUACAUAGCUUUUAGAUCUUAUCGGGGUUAUGAUUUUCUUCAGAACGAGUGUCCAUUUGAAAAAAAAUAAAACUCUUGUAAAUUGCGUAGUUUUUUGUUUUGAAAUUAAGUUUGAUGUUCAAGAAACAGCAGCUUUUAUUUUGCGUUUGGUUUGAAUUCCCCCUUGGGGGAUCUUGGUUCAGAUCUGACUCUGCUAGUGAAAACUGGUUUGUGAUUUAAGAUAUAAAAUUAAAUACCAUCAGAAAGACAUCGUAUUUUCAACAUAAGUUUCAGUUACAUUUAUGUACAUGUAUAUGCAUAUAAGAGACCUAUGAAUUAUUUCUUUAAACCAAAGUUUCCAUACAUUCAUGUAUCCAAGACAAAUGGUUCUGUAAAGUGGGAUUUUGUGUCAGUGGGAAAUCAAGGCAUAUAUGUACAUCUAUUUCAUGUUAUAUAAAAAUACAGAGGAUUUCACUUAAUAUCACACUGUUUAAUGUCACACUUCGGUUAUUAUCAUUUUUUUCACGAAAGCAUUAUUUUCCUUUUAUAUAUUGAAUGUACUAAGGUUUGCUAUAUAUUAUGUGAAUCAACAGGAACUUCUCUUUAUAUCAUGUUGUUCUGACAGUUGUCCUAUAAAUUCCAAAAAAAAGGUAAAGUGGAUAUACAAAAACAACGGUAACUUCUCAUGUUAACUGCCCAGCAGGUUCACACAUUAGUUUGGUUAUAAACAAUACACUAAGCACCUGUUAAAGAGAUGUCCCAGCUUUGUAUGUUAUGACAAGAGAGUAUUAAUUUUAGCAUUUGAACUCGCCUUUCUGUUAAUGUCACAUUUCUGUUAAUAUCCCAUUUCUCUUUAUAUCAUAUUUCACUUUAUAUCAAAUUUUGUACGAUAUCACAUUUUCUUAUGGUAAAUGAACUAUAAUAUGUUGUCAGGAGGGCCCAAUAAGUCCUAACAAUUUUAUGUAAGGAAUACUGGUUUGUUUGUUUCUAAAUUUUUAUUAUCUGGAAAAUACUGUUUCCAUUGUUUUGGAGCUAGGCUUAAGAAUGGUCCAUCGAUCAUUUCAGGGUAUAAUAGCUCUGUGUACAGUUACUGCAUAUAGAGGAAAGCUAUGAUUGUGGUGAUGUAACUAUUAGUCUCACAUUGAAAACAGUUAAUUUUCACAUAUUGUGCAAUUUUUGUUAAACAUUUAUGUCACAAAACCUUAUCAGGAAAAUAUUGUAAACCUGUGAAACUUUUCGCCAAGUCAAACUUUCACCUUUCACCGGUAAAAUACAUAGUUUCUGGGUAUUACAUGUUAUUUAACGCUUCAUAUUUGAUUACUAUAUGUUUUAUUUUGUUUCCUUAUGUUCUUAGUAAUUAUGAUUUUGUCCUCAUUUAUAAGGGCGAAAAAAGCACCAAAGUUAAAAUGUGGCAAUAAUUUCCCUGUAUUUAGUAUGCUGUGCAACACUUUUAGGUUCUAUUACAAAAUAAGACGUGACUGAAAGGAUGUAGAAUACAGUUGCUGAAACAUGUACCUAACAUGGUUUCUUUUCUUUAUUUCUGGAGUGUUCUAUUAAGAAAACAGCAUUUUAUCUGACAAUCAAUUGUACUAACACACCAAGAGAUUAAAUUUUUAUUGUCAAAAUAUCGUUCAAUAUCGGCUGUCUGUGAGUAGUGCUUAAUUACUAAAUCAAGGUUGGACCAGUGAAAGUUUGACAGAUUAUUCUUAGAAAUGUAUAUGAAAGGUCAAGGCUGAGACCAAGCUCACUUAAUUUUUUAUUUUAUUUAGAAUGGAAAAACAUGUAUUUUAUGACUAUGGUUCAUUUGGUGUACAA